AUGUCUUACACUUCGACUCAGGUGGUCAGCCGACCGUCAUCCAUCACCAGCCAAUACAUGCCCAUCAAAGACAUCACCAACCCGGACCCAGCCUCUCCUUUCAGCUCUCCAUUCUAUCGACAACACACUUUGCGACCGAACAACAUCAUCGUUGAAGACGGCCAGCUCGACGACGAGCGAUGGAGCAGACAAGCAUUUGCUCUCGGCAUGCCCUUUGGAGAUGUUCAGCGACCCAAUGCAGAGGCCCGCAAAGUGGCUCAGAAGAUGCAAAGGAAACAAAACUUGAACGAAAAGCAGCUGGUCGAGUUGCUUCUCCCAUUAGUUCAGUCCUCGGCCAAGUCACACAAGAAGCUUCAAGUCCAGACGGGCAACAACUUCCACCACGAUGCCGUUCCCAUUGGCACAUUUGAUCAGUCCAGCUACACCGCUUGGAGCAUGCCUCUCCCCGUUCCCAAACCUGACAUCGCGGUCGGCUUCACCUCAAAGACAUUCAACUCCCAUGAACUGGAGCUGCAAGAGGGAAUCAUCUCGAAUGCUCACGGCGAGCCUUGCGAUUUGGCCAAAGUGUCUCAACCCACUCGUGACGUGUUCUGGCCAUUCUUCGUCGUGGAGGUCCAAGCAUCACUGUAUGCGGCACAAAAUGCCGCAGCCGGUUCCGCAUCGACCUGCAACAACGCCUUGGCCCUUCUGGCGGAAGCAGCCGACGAGCCGACCAUCCAACGUCAAGGGCGAGGUAUCUCCUGGCAAUCUCGAAGAGCAGUUCAGUCAUUUUCACUCGCAGUGUGCGGCAAGACCGCCACGUUGAACCUCCACAACUUCCAAGGCGGCCUGUCCCACUGCGCCGCCGUGAUCCGAUCAUACAAACUCGACGAUGAGAGCGACAUGGAGGCAUUGGCCUCACGGCUCGCGAGCAUUUUGAUCUGGGCUGAAAACUGCCGGCUGCCGACCAUUGUCGAUCUGCUCGAAAACCUCGACCACAUGGUCCAGCUCGAAUCACGCGACUAUUUGUCUGACGCAUUUACAAACGAGAAUCUGGUCACUGUCAGCAACCACGACGCCGGCUCCCCGCGGAAAAGAUUCAGCGGGAUCAAAUCCAGGUUAGCCGAGAUCUCUCCAAAAUGGAUCCGCGUGCAGGCAUGA